AUGAAGACGAACGGACCGUGGACCGCCGCGACGCUGCUGGUCGCGAUGUGGACGACGCUGACGUGGACGAACAGUGCCGCAGCCGCCGCCGUCGCCACUAACGAAUGGCGACCGUGCCGGGCGGCCGGUCAUCGGCGAUACGACGAGGAAGUCCUCAGGAACUACGGCGGCGACGGCGGCGGCGGAAGCAGCGAUCCCGGAUACUUCGACAUCACCGGAGGCGGUGAGGACGGCGACGACGACGACGACGGCGGCGAAGGCGAGACGAGCUCGGAAGACAAGAACACCGCCGACGGCGACGGCCGUCACUUCCGGUUUCCGGUGGACGACAAGCCGAAACGCGGCGCGAGCAAACCGUACGAAAAAAAGCAAGAUCCGUAUCGGCCGGCGGCGUCGUCGUACGCGGUCGACUCGGCAAACGGCCUGCGCGUGGACACGACGCUGCUCCGCGGCGAGACGAUCGAGCUGCCCACGUACGUCAACGUGCCCGUCACGUUGCGGUGCCGGUUCGAGCCGGUGGACGGGACGGACGACAAGUUCGACACCGUGGUGGAGGCCAUGUACCCGGGACAUAGGGACGCGCCGCCGCCGCCGCCCGGAUCGCACGCUCACCGCAUCCUCAAGCAGCUCAUGGGCUCGGUGGACGGGUGGCGAGGCGUAGCGCACAGUUCCGCCAGGUCCGUGCGACGGGCCUCGGGAAACCGAUUUGGCCGGCGCGAGUGGCCGGCCGGAGACGACGACUACGACGCUGCACCGGAAGCAGAGCGCGACGAUCAGACGUUCUUCUGGAACGCGUUGGCCCGUCAACGGGCCGUCGAACGGAUGCGCCGGAUCCACGGCGACGCUCGCGGUCGGGACGUGGACGGUUGGCCGGAAAAGUUUCUCGGCCAGUCGGCCCGACUGUUACAACGGUUCGACGGUGGUCGUCGUCCGGUCGCCGCGACGCGCAGAUGGUCCGAAAACCAAAUGAUCGAAAACCCGCAGGAACCGGAACUACGAGACGUUUACGACCAGCAGUUCGACGGCGGACGUCCCGAACAAGUCUACGACCUGCAAGCAGAACCGCAGAUCGACGAGACGCGGCCUGUGGAGAGCGACGACGAAUCGCAGCAAGCCGAAAGCUACGACGAAUCGCAACAAAUAGAAAGCGUCGACGACUCGCAACAAAUAGAAAGCGUCGACGACUCGCAACAAAUAGAAAGCGUCGACGACUCGCAACAAAUAGAAAGCGUCGACGACUCGCAGCAAGCCGAAAGCUUCGACGAAUCGCAGCAAGUAGAGAGAGUCGACGAAUCGCAGCAAGUCGACGACCUGCAGUCUCGAGUCGAACCCGUCGAAGACAGAGCUGCUGCCGAAGACGUAGACGACAGGCGGGUGCAGAGUAGAAGUCUUCCGGUCGGGGCACAGCACCUACAGUACGAUAUGACUGCAGCGACUUCCGCUCCGGAAAUCGCCACCACGAUUACUUCGGAUAUUGAAAAGUUCCACAAGGGCAUACCGACCAGGACUUAUACGGAACACGCUUAUACGACGGACUCGACAUUGUAA